GAGAAUCAUUAACGCCAGACACUGGGACGGCGCCGGGGCGGAGGGGAUGAUGGAGAAUUUCACGGCGCUGUUCGGGGCCCAGGCUGACCCGCCACCUCCCCCAGCGGCACUCGGCUUCGGACCCGGGAAGCCGCCCCCUCCGCCGCCGCCGCCUCCGGGCGGGGGGCCGGGUCCGGCCCCGCCCCCGACCGCCGCCUCGGCCCCUCCCGGGAGCGACAAGUCGGCGGCAGGCUGCGGCCCUUUCUACCUAAUGAGGGAGCUGCCAGGCAGCACGGAGCUGACAGGCAGCACUAACCUGAUCACACACUACAACCUGGAGCAUGCCUAUAAUAAAUUCUGUGGGAAGAAAGUGAAGGAGAAACUGAGUAACUUCCUGCCCGACCUACCCGGGAUGAUUGAUCUGCCUGGUUCCCAUGACAACAGCAGCCUGCGCUCCCUCAUUGAGAAGCCCCCUAUCCUUGGGGGCUCUUUCAAUCCCAUCACAGGGACCAUGCUGGCUGGCUUCCGCCUGCACACCGGCCCGUUGCCGGAGCAGUGCCGCCUGAUGCAUAUUCAGCCGCCUAAGAAGAAGAAUAAGCAGAAGCACAAGCAGAGCCGCACCCAGGACCCCGUCCCCCCAGAGACGCCGUCUGAUUCAGAUCACAAGAAGAAGAAAAAGAAAAAAGAAGAGGACCCUGAGCGGAAGAGGAAGAAGAAAGAGAAGAAGAAGAAGAAGAACCGACACAGCCCGGAGCACCCUGGGAUGGGCAGCUCUCAGGCCAGCAGCAGCAGCAGCCUCCGCUAAGGGCCGGCGGACCCUGCCAGGAGGACUUCCCUGCUGGGCUGGAGGUGGCCCGGGUCAGCGCCGGGUGCAGGGACGGAAGCCGCUCAGCCGGAGGAGCCUACAGGGACAGGCUGGGCUCCCGGCAGCCUCCACCCGCCUUGCUUUCUCGCGGACACCUCUUCCCCUCCCAGGAAGCUUUCUGUUCACCUCUUGUGUGCAGUUUGUCUGAUGUAGGACUUGGUCUGAUUUGUUAGGAUUUUUAAUUCUCUUAAAAUUGCAUUUAUCAAACUGGCUGAAGCGUGGCUGCCUGUCAGGAGGUAAGUGCCUUUCCGUGGGAGUCAGGGUGUAAGCCAAGGUGUGCUGAGGUCUGAGGGGGCUCGGACCUUGCGUGGGAUGGUCUCCUCAGCAGGCGGGGCAGCCGCCCAAGACGGGGGAGCAGGGUCCAGAAGCGGAGUGCGCAGACGCCUUCCUGCCCCAGGCUCGUUACCGCCCUGCCUCUAAGGUUGCCAGCUAGUGCCUGGGUGACCUUCCUGCUUAAGGCCGGCUGUGUCCUAGGUCAGUUUCGUGUGGCGACUCGGUAGUCGAUGGAGAAAGCACCCACGGUCAGAAGUGAAUUUCAGCAAGGUUGCUUCUUGGUCAACCCUGUGGUUUUUUUUUAAAAAAUAAAUUUCUGGCAAGCAAAGGUAAAUGAUUCUCUUUGUAAUAAGAACUACUUUUGAUCUUUGUCACUCCUUAAGACAGUGAAAUUAUUUGGCUGAUGUGAAUGCCUAUCUAAACUUCUAAGACAACAAAAAAAAAGGCAGCCUAAACUAAACUAGCGAGCUCCCAAAUCUUUGACUACCUGAUGCAAAGAGCCAACUCAGUGGAAAAGAUGCUGAUGCUAGGAAAGAUUGAGGGCAAGAGAAGGGACUGGCAGAGGAUGAGAGGGUUGGGUGGCGUCACUGACCCAUGGAUGUUACGUUGAGUGAACUUGGAGAGACAGUGGAGGACAGGGGAGCGUUGGCAUGCUGCAGUUCAAGGGGCCGCAGAGUCCGAUGCGACCAAGUGACUGAACAAGGUAAAAUAAAUCCCUUCAGUGUCUGCAGCAGGCCAGGCAAGCAGAAGCUACGAGAGCCCCAGCCGAUGUCGUCUUGACCUAAGCCCAGCGUGACAUGGCUGAAGUCCGCUGGGAUGAGCCAGGGUUGAUCCUAGAGUAGCAGAUGGAAAACCACUCCUUCUGCUCAUGUUACCCUAGGAUUUCAGAGCGAGGGUUUACAGACUUCAGUUACAGACAGGAAAAUAAAGGGUUCUGGCUGGCUUUUUGAGAUGAGUGUCUAAGGGUGCCUUAUUUAAAUGAGGACACAGCCUUCUGCUUUCCACAGAAGAGACGGCCCGCGUGUCCCUGUGGUCUGCCUUUCACACGUGAUCAUCCACUGGCUCGCCUCUGGCUGCCUCCAAAAGGAGCUUUACCAUCCAGAGAAAAUUCUGUUAAGGGAUUGUAGGCAAAAGUCAAGAGCUCUCUAAACUCUGAAAUUACAAGUUUUGGUCGUUACAAGACUUUUUUUCUGAAACAUCCAAUUAAAUCAUUGAAAUAAAAACAGGAUCUCUUUUGUCUUAA